CAACACAUUCAACACACAGAGGUGGGGCAGCACAAAAACCAGUUGGCUCCAGUCCUGUACGUACAAAGCAAACGAUUGCAUUUCCAGCUAACGCUACUACAACUACAACAACAACAAGGCACACACACGGCUGACUUGCAGCCCGAAAAUGUCCCCCACACACACACUCGUCAAUGGGCAAUGGGCCGCCGUCUCAAACGCAAGCGCACUAAACUCACCCGAUUGGCCCGCUUGGACGCCAUUUACAAAAAGAAAAUACGCACACAACGGCACACACGAGCGUGUAGAGGACGAACAAACGGACGGACAUGAAAACUCGCACAACACACUUCGUACUUGCGGAAGAAGAAGCAGCAGAAGAAGAAGAAGAAAAAAUGUGAAGCCGCAGCAAGAAAAAAUUCUAUGCAGCGCCAAACAAAAGAAGCGGCAAAGGAAGCAAUACGAAGCGACGUCGUGAGUGGUUGGCGGCGGCGGUCGAACUACAACAACAAAGCACACAUGAGAGUUUGCGGCGCUGCAAGUGCGAGCGAGAUGUGGCGAUUGGUGGCGAUAAACAGGCGGAUUUGUAUGAACACCUGUUUUUCGAAGUUGUCGAAUGUAUGUAUGUGCGGUUGGGUGUGUAUGUGGUUAAAGAGCGCAGAAGAAUGAACAAAUAAAAGGCAGCGCAAGGCAUAAAGAGGAAACAACAACAACAACACUACACAAGAAUAACUACAAUGCUUCAGACUGCUGUGCGUUCGAGUUCGAAACCGGUUGCACCACUUGGACAGCUGGCUGCUGUAGCUACAGUAUAACAACAACAACAAUAGCAGUAGCUGCCAGGCAAUUUGCUGCUGCCAGUAGAGAGUCUUGCCGCUCUAACACAUGCCAUCGCUGCUUAAGUGCUGGCGAAUGUUAAAGCAGCAUGGCAUGAUGUUCGAAAAGGGGUGGGCACGUGAACACACAUAAGUACACACGAUUGAGAUACGGCAGUCAAGCAACAACCAAACACACAACUGGUAAGCGCUGUCGCUGCCACUGCGUUUCUUUAGCCUUUUUGUGCAGCGCUGUCGGUUGGCUGACGGUUGGCGUGCUGACUUGACUCCGAUACCGGUUUAGUCGCUCGUGAGACUUUGUCAUCGACAUUAUAGUAUUUACGUUGUGUGGAACGCUGUCGCUGAACCAACGAUCGGUGGUGUUGGUGCGUCCUCGUGCAGUCGUUUGCCGUCGUUAGAGACUCUGUUCGUGCGAUGCGAAAUUUUUGUGCAUAAAAUUUUCAAAAAUCUAUGAAUACGAAUACGAAAGUGAAUUUAUUGGAACACAAAUUGCUUAGAAAAUUUCAUUUAGUAGUGCGCGUAUGUAAGUGUGUAAGCGUUAACGUAACGCCGUAAGCUGUGAUGCAAAGCGGGACUGACGGCACAUAUUAACCAAGUGCAAAUUUUAAUGAAUUUUUGAGUUAUGCAAUGGAAUUUGAAAACGAAAACUAGCGAAAAGUAGCAGCUGACUUGCGUAUGCGGCGCAGAAAUCGGAUUUCUGCGUGUGUGGCAGAAUUUUUGUUGUAAAUAUUGUGUGGAAAUUAAAAAUUCGACUUCAAACUGGAACAACAACAACGAGAGACAUUUGAAAAAAAUUUUGAAACUUAAAAAAAAUUAAUUUUAAAAAAGGUCAAAGUUGAAAUGCUAAAAUCGUAAAAAAUUAAAAAAAAAUAAAUAAAAUCUAAAAGAAAGUAAAAGAAAGCUAUUAUAUAAUAGUAGAGAAUGCACACAAACAAAAAUUAGUUAAAUUAAAAAUUUGCAAAACAAUCUCAUAAGUGAAAAGUAUGCCAAAGCGCCGUUUGGAAGUGCCUUAAAAUAGCGAAAAAAAAACAAAAAUUAAAAAAUUAAUAAAAAUUAAAUAUAAAGAAAACUACAAAAUUAAUUUAACAAUUUGCUCAAAUAGUCACCCUUUAACGCUUACAAGUGUUUUGAUUUGCAUAAAAAAUAUAAUAAAUUAAAAAAUAAAUAAAUUUAAAAACAAUAAUAACAAUUAAAUUUAAAUAAUUAAAAUCGGACUGUAAAAAAAUAAAUAUCUAUAAAUAAAAAAUAAAUAUUUCAAAAAUAAAAAUAAUAACAAAUUAGUUGCUGACUCCCCAAAAAACAAACAAAAAACUUGUCUAAACAACAAAAAACAAAAAUUUUGCAUACCUCCACAAUCAUCAUUUAUUUACUUUGACGCGUACACCGUCGCUUAAAUCAUUCAAACUUCUCUUUUCUUUCACCUUUAUCCUCAAAGCGCAUUAUUAAUGCCAACUACCAAUAUUCAUUUUGUGCUCAACAUACGUUUUAGUUACAUUUUACGUUGUGCGCUUGUAAAUAUAAUACAACAAACGCUACAAUAACAACAACAAUAAUAAUAACAACAACAACAAUUAAAAUUAUAAAAUAAUAACAGUGCUUGAGUGUCUUGAGUUCUCUUCAAUCGAUGUUUUCAACAUAGUGCUUGAGCGCGUGUGUUUCUGUGUUUGUGUUUGUGUGUGGAAAACAAUCCAAAUCUUUAUCAUAAAUUCAUUAAUUAUCGAUCAGCAAGACGCCCGCUUUAAGCUUAAUAUAUGGUAAUGGCAGAGAUUGGUGGCCAUUUGGCUCACCAGCUACCAAAUUUGCACAAUCACACACAAAGUGGAUUACAACCGUCGCUGGUGAUGAAUCAUCACCUGGAAUUGGAUUGCCAUGGACAUGAUGUGAUAAAAAAACAACGUCUAUCACUUUGUGUCGGCUGCGGCGGUCAAAUUCACGAUCAAUACAUCCUGCGUGUUGCCCCCGAUCUGGAAUGGCAUGCGGCCUGCCUCAAGUGUCAGGAAUGUCGACAAUUUCUGGACGAAAGCUGUACGUGUUUUGUACGUGACGGCAAGACGUACUGUAAGCGUGAUUAUGUUAGAUUAUUUGGUACAAAAUGUGAUAAAUGCGGCAACUCAUUUAGUAAAAAUGACUUUGUGAUGCGCGCAAAAACGAAAAUAUUCCAUAUUGAAUGCUUUCGUUGUUCGGCGUGUGCGAGACAAUUGCUGCCAGGCGAUGAGUUUGCGUUACGAGAUGGCGGCAUUUUAUAUUGUAAAGAAGAUCAUGAUGUUCUAGAGAAAUCCUCACAAAGUAGUCUAACGUCAUCAUCUAUAGAGAGCAACAACAAUAAUAGUAGUAGUAAUAAUAAUAAUACGAGUCUUAGUAAUAAUAAUCAUUCCAGCGAGUUGGGUUCAAUGUCAGAUUCUGGUAGUGAAUCAGGCUCACAUAAAAGUAUUAGGGAAAAAAGGCCUUCGGGUCCAUCGGACGGUAAACCGACACGGGUGCGAACGGUCUUGAAUGAGAAGCAACUACACACAUUAAGAACCUGCUACAAUGCUAAUCCGCGACCUGAUGCGCUCAUGAAGGAGCAACUGGUGGAGAUGACUGGUCUCUCGCCACGUGUCAUACGAGUCUGGUUUCAGAAUAAACGCUGCAAAGACAAGAAGAAGACCAUACAAAUGAAACUGCAAAUGCAACAGGAGAAGGAGGGACGCAAGCUCGGUUAUGGCGCCAUGCAGGGCAUACCGAUGAUAGCGAGUUCGCCGGUGCGUCACGAUUCGCCAUUGAAUUUGCAGGGCAUCGAUGUGCAAACAUAUCAGCCGCCAUGGAAAGCCUUAUCCGAUUUCGCAUUGCAUGCGGAUUUGGACAGCAAUGGUGCGAUCAAUACGCACACGCCCGCGUUCCAGCAACUUGUCAAUCAGAUGCAUGGUUACGAUCUCAAUGGCAUGCCACCGUUGCCGCCGCAUCAACAGCAAGGUCCGCAUCCGCCACCGCCCGGUCAGCAAAUGAAUGGACCACCCAUUGGCAGUAUGGAUUCCGGCAUAACGUCACAUCAUCAUCCGGACAGCACUGACUCAUAUGUGACCUAUCUGGAGAGCGAUGACAAGUCCAAACUGGCUUUGACACCAACAUCGUCAAUGUCUUUGUCCAUGUCAUCAUCCUCGUCGCUAUCAUCAGCCUCCACAUCGGCGGCCACAUCCAUCGCAUCGCCACCAACCGCCGCGCACACAGCCGGUGUGCUGUUGGGAAGCGGUGCUGCAGCUGGCGUCAUCGGCGGUCUGGGUGUCGGCGGUGUUGUAGCAGCGGCUUGUGCGCUCAAUACUGGACUCGGGCUGGGAGGCAUGGCAAUGGGGGUCGCCGGCGGUGGUGGUGUUGGUGUAGGAGUUGGCAACACACCGAGCUGUGGCCAAGCGCAGUCUGCCACGGAGCAGUUGAUGCAAAUGCUGCAAAAGGUGACGGCUUCGCCAACGCACGCGGUGCUGUGAAGGAUGUACGAGGAGUUCUGCCGACAAGCCGGAACUCAGUGAUGCACCCAGGGGCAAAUGUGCAAUUUUUGGAGGGGAGAAAGAGAGAGAGCAGUUGGAGCGACAAGCCGUUAGUUUAGUAAACAGUUAGAUGUAGCGGGCGAAGUAGUUGAUUGAUGAAAAGCCAGUUAGUGUAAAGAUUCAAAUGAAAAUUUUUGGUCAGGUGGCAACACUAAAGAUCACUAAAGCUCUCAAAGUGAAAGCGCCGAGUCGCUUAAAAGUCAGAACGCUGCAGUGUUGAGUUAUUGUAAGACAAUUUACUGAAAUCUCAACGACAAAAUUACAUAACGGUUCUCAAAAAAUUUAUUUCAAAUUCAAAAAGUCACUUACCGUUAUUUGUUAAUUGAAAUUUUAGUAAAUUGUAUCACAAAAACUCCAACGCUGUCACACAUAUAUAUAAGUAUUGUUACUUUCACUUAUUAAUUGUUGUAUUAUUUUUGCAAAAUUUUAAAAAAUUAAUUUUCAAAAAAAAAAUAAUUAAAUUAAAUAUUCAUGUUUAUGGUUUGAAAAUUUUCAAGGAAAAUUUUGCACGACCGGCAUUCAAAAAUGGCUGCAAAUGCAAACGGAAAUGCUCACUCACUUAAAAAGUUCUUUACUUAAAUGAAAA